CAGACGUUCCAAGUAAUAAUAUUACCUUAUGUUGUUUACGAGUGUUUGUAAAACACUAUGGUCUUGCCUCAUGUAAGGCUGGAGAGGCAUGGGCUUAGGGGUCCGAAAUUUUAUUAACAUUAGUAUUAUACGGAGUACAUCUGUAUCUUCUUGUGAAUUCGUCAACCCGCCUGCGAUUUGCGAGUGUUGGACGAUUGAAAGCAGAGGUCCGCAGAAGGCUGGAGGAGGUGUGGCUGCUAAUAUGCUAUCUUGCUUCUCACCUCACUGAUUCACGAACGAAGGAAGGAUUGAAGGAAGUACUGGUCGGGCGUCGGUUGGCUCUGGGCUCCGUUCCUGGCCCCUACGGUCUUGCCUGAGUGCCUUCUCUGUUCUCUUUUUCCUCCACAUCAACCCAGCUUUGCAAUCACAAAUCCUUCUGUGCCCAAGUAGCAGAGAUGUGAUUGACGCGUAUGAUGUUGAACAAGAGUUCAAAAAGCAAGACACAAAGAGAUGCUUGGUAUACCGAUUUUCAUUUGGCAAACUUGGAGGGCCAAAGUAUCUUAUGUACUUUGUAUGGAGACUUGGUGCUUGAAGUCGAGAGGUUUUUUUGGCUACUUCGUUUAAUGGUCCAGUUAUAUUCAUUAUCCAAGCAUGUCGCACAAAUAAAAGAUAUGGUAAAUAUGUCUAACCAUGACCUUUUCACCUAUAAAAAUGUAAUAGUUUUUUGGAAAAAUUGAUUGUAAUAAUCCAAACUACUAGCGGUCCGCUCAUAAUAAUACCAACUAUCGAUUAAUUUAGAAUAAUCCCAACUUUAGGGACUUUCCGCUAAUAAUGAUCCGACGUGAUCGACUAUAAAUAAAUUUCUAUAGUUUCUAAAGAGAUAUAGCAGGUAAUCCCUAUAAAUAAUCCCAAUUUUUUAUUUUUACACUUAAUUACUAUUAAAAAUUCACUUGUUAGAACAUAUAAUAUGCGGUCAUGGACCAUUAUUGGCGGACGGUCCAUAUAGUUGGGAUUAUACAAAAAUAAUCAAUAGUUGGGAUUAUUGUUAGCGAACUGUCAAUAGUUGAGAUUAUUAUUUUCAAUGGUUUCUAGUUUUUUUUGUUCAUUGAAUUAUACAUUUUUCACCUAAGCUUAUAAUAUUGGAGUGGCUUCUUCAUGGGAUGCUACCAAGUUAAUUUUGAAUAACCAUAUUCCAGAGAUAAAUGAUUUCCUGUGUCAGUAAUAAUCCUUUUCCUUCUUCAUAAUAACUAAAUGUGUCAAAUUUAUAUUAUGAUUUAUAUUAUGACAAAUGUAGCUUUUUGAAUUCAAGGCAAACAAUGAAGUCUAUUGCAAGUCAAGCAACAUCAUCUUGCGUGACUCUGAGAGAUGAUAGUAUUGAUGUUGGGUUUACCAUGCCUCUUUUUGAAGAGUUUGGCCUAAACUAAUCCAAAAAAUACCAGUUUUGCCUAUUUUACUUAAUUCACAUAAUGUGGGAAGUCGAUUAAAAAACAGUACCAAUAGUAACAUUACUCAACAAAUCCAGGAUCAACCUCACCAAUUGUUUUCAUCAUUUUUAUAAUUCUGCAAUAUAUGUGCUUUAGAUGACCAAAGAAUUUGUAUGGAAAAAUUGUGCCAAUUUUGUGCCAAUCUUGCAUAUUUUACUUCAUUCAAAUAAUGUGAAAAUUUGGUUAAAAACAUUACCAAUAUUAAUAUCACUCAAGAAUUUCAAGAUGAGUUGGCAAACUGUUUUCAACAUUUUAUUAAAUCUGCAAUAUAUGUGCUUCAGAGAUCUAAAGAAUCUCUAUGAAAAGAUAUACCAUACCAAAGUCCUUCUUACUUAAAAUUCAAAAGAUAGUUUUUUCAUUGCUUUUUCUUACAUAUGUCAUCCUUUUUUAAUUUAUUAUGUUUUAUUUUAUCUCGCCUAUAAACUAAACAGCGAGAGUAGCUCGAAUUAAAAAAAACAUGCAACCUGUAAAAAGAAUGGCUUAAACUGAUACAAAAUAGUAUCCCAUUUUUUUCAAUUUUGUUGGUUUUCUUCUAUCUAUACAUGUAUUACAUGGGGGUUUUGAAUCAAAGUUUUAAGUGAACAAUUGUUUAAAGAUUGUUAUAUCUUAUGUGUCUGAUAACAAAUGUAGUUCUACAUAUUCAAAUUGCUAUCAUGGAUUCUUACAAAUACGCAUUGAAAAUUCAUUAAAAUCUAACAACUUGAGAAUGAAUUUGAUUAAAGAAACAAUUUUAUGUAGAUAGAUUUUCAUAAUCUAAAAUUAAAUAGAGUAUUUUAGUUUACUAUUACUUUGAUAUACAUGUUAAGGGUUGCUGGUUCUAUGUCCAAAUUUGUUCAAUUCUAUUAUUAAAGAAUUGAGCUUACCUAGGAUGUAGUAGUAAAACAUGCUUUAAAAGACUUAAGUAUGAGGGAGCAUCUCUUUACUGCCACAGUUGUCGAGAUGUCAAACAGACAGGUAUUUGGCGGUACAUUUAAAAUUAAUGGUGAAGCAUGGUAAGCAUUUUGUUGAGGUAGUUAUGUGGGAUGAUGUUCCAAGUAAGCUAGUAGACAAAUCAGCAAAUGAUCUAAGUGACAGCCUUAGCUUGUUAAUGUGUUCAAUUUAUAUUAUAUGUUAUGUUUAUAUGAAAUGUUCAGUAAUUGGAAAUUAGUAAUUGGGAAUUAACAGUGUGAUUUUUGUAUAAAAUUCACUGGUCUUCUUUUAUGUAGGAGACUUUAUCGCCUUCUGAUGUUCAUAAUGAUGCCUUAGAUUUGAUUGGCCGGAAAUUCAUAUUCAAGGUUGGGAAUCGCAUAGUCAAUACCCUUACAAAUCAGAAGUAUACAAUAGCUUUUCUGAAAACGCAGAAAAAAUUAAAGAGCUGAAUGCGGUUGUUCAAGAGGAAGUUGUUGAUGUAUUAACUAUCUGCAUAAAAUUAAUUAAAAGAUGAUGAAAACAUAAUAAACAUCAUUGUUGCCAGCACAGUAAAUUUUUCCCUUUUAAAUAACCAUAUUUGAAAAUAGCUCCUUUGAAAUUAGUUUCAACAAACGCGCAAACACUUGAUCUUUAACAUACAUUUAUAUAAAUACUUUAUUAAGAUGUUGUUAUACUAAACUGUUAAACUAAUAAAGCAAUCUCACACAAAAAGAGGAAUUUGGAUUUUAAACCUGCUCAUAACUUUGUUGUAUUGUGAUAUUUAUGUAACAAAAAAACUAAAACGCUAACACUUGGUUGUUAUCCUUUAAUUCGUAUUAUUAGGUAUAUAAUAUAUAUAACUCAGAUUCCAAUCUUGAUUUGAUGUGUGUUGAAGACACCAAUGUCGAAUCAAAUAUGAUUAAAUAUUUACAAUAUUGUUUUAAAUAGAUUUUUAUAAAUGUAAAUUAAUGAAAAGGAACAGAUUCAGCUAUGCUAUUUUUUCAGACGUCAUGCUCACAAGAUAUUGAAUCUCAUCGUACCACUAAGUCGGUUUUGUCCAAGAGACAUUUUAACAAUGUCCAAGAGUCAAAUCUCUAUCUUAACCCCCUUUAACUUCUUGCUGGUCGAGCUUCGUUCCAUUCCAGCAUAUUCAUUUUCAUCGUUAACAUGUUUAUUGGACAAAACCAACUCAAGGUACGAUGAGAUUCAAUAUCUUGUGAGCAUGACGUCUGAAAAAUAGCACAGAUGGAUCAGUUCCUUUUCACUAAUUUGCAUUUAUAAUAAUCUAUUUAAAACAAUAUCGUAAAUAUUUUACCAUAUUUGAUUCGACAUUGGUGUCUUCAGCACACAUUAAAUCAAGAUCGGAAUCUGAGUUAUAUACCUAAUACGAAUCAAAGGAUAUCAACCAAGCGUUAGCGUUUUAAUUUGGUUAUUACAUAAUAAAUAUUACAAUACAACAAAGUUAUGAGCAGGUUUAAAAGCUAAAUUCCUCUUUUUGUGUGAGAUUACUUUAUUAGUUUAACAGUUUAGUAUAACAACAUCUUAAUAAAGUAUUUACACAAAUGUAUGUUAAAGAUCAAGUGUUUGCACGUUUGUUGAAACUAAUUUCAAAGGGGCUAUUUUCAAAUAUGGUUAUUUAAAAGGGAAAAAUUUACUGUGCUGGCAACAAUGACCUUUAAUCUUUUAAUUAAUUUUAUGAAGAUAGUUAAUACCUCAACAACUUCCUCUUGAACAGCCUCCUUCAGUUCUUUGAUUUUUUCUGCGUUUUCAGAAAACGCAGUUAUUGUAUACUUCUAAUUUGUAAGGAUAUUGACUUUGCGAUUCCCAACCUUGUAUAUGAAUUCUCGGCCAGUCAAAUCCAAGACAUUAUUAUAAACAUCAGAAGGUGAUAAAGUCUCCUGCAUAGAAGAAGAGCCGUGAAUUUUAUACUAAAAUCACAUUGUCAAUUCCCAAUUAUUGAACAUUUCAGAUAAACAUAACAUAAAAUAUAAAUUGAACACUUUACCAAGCUAAGGCUGUCACUUAGAUCAACUGUUGGUUUGCCUAUUAGCUUACUUGAAACAUCAUCCCACAUAACUACCUCAGCAAAAUGCUUACCAUGCUUCAGUGCUUCACCAUUAAUUUUAACAUGUACCGCCAAAUACCUAUCUGUUUGACAACUGUGGCAGUAAAGAGAUGCUCCCUCAUACUUGAGCUUUUUAAAGCAUGUUUUACUACUACAUCUCAGGUAAGCCCAAUUCUUUAAUGAUAAAAUUGAACAAAUUUGGGCGUAGAACCAACAACCCUAACCUAUAUACCAAAGUAAUAGUAAACUAAAAUACUCAUUAUUUAAUUUUAGAUUAGGAAGAUCUAUUUACAUAGAAUUGUUUUUUUAAUCAAAUUCAUUUUCAAGUUGUCAGAUUUUAAUGAAUUUUCAAUGCUUAUUUGUAAGAAUCCAGGAUAGAAAACUGAAUAUGUAGAACUAUAUUUGUUAUCAGAUACAUAAGAUAUAACAAUCUUUAAACAAUUGUUCACUUAAAACUUUGAUUCAGAACCUCCAAUGUAAUACAUGUAUAGAUAGAAGAAAAGUAACAAAAUUGAAAAAACCGGGAUACUAUUUUGUAUCAAUUUAUGCCAUGCGUUUUACAGGUUGCAUGUUUUUUUAAUUCAGGCUACUCUCAGUGCUUAGUUUAUAGGCGAGAUAAAACAAAUCAUAAUAAAUUAAAAAAGGAUGACAUAUGUAAGAAAAAACUAUCUUUUAAAUUUUAAGUCAGAGAGAAUUUGGUAUGGUAUACCUUUCCAUAAAGAUUCUUUAGACUUUUGAAGCACCUAUAUAUUGUAAAUUCAAUAAAAUGUUGAAAAUAGUUUGACAACUCAUCUUGAAAUUCCUGAGUCAUAUUAGUAUUUGUAAUAUUUUUUUUAAAAAAUUCCACAUUAUUUGAAUGAAUUAAAAUAUGCAAGAUUGACACAAUUUUUCCAUACAGAUUCUAUGGUCAUCUAAAGCACAUAUAUUGCAGAAUUAUUAAAAUGAUGAAAACAAUUGGUGAGGUUGAUCUUGGAAUUGUUGGGUAAUGGUACUGUUUUUUAAUCGACUUCCCACAUUAUGUGAAUUAAGUAAAAUAGGCAAAACUGGCACUUUUUUUGGAUUAGUUUAGGCCAAACUCUUCAACAACUUGAAGAUUUUUUUACUGAUUGCCAAUGCUACUCAGUUAAUAAGUUGACAUUUUUUAUAUUUUGAUUGAUAUUUAGGACAUAAUAUAAAAUCAUACCUCUUUGGCGGUGUCCAAAUCAAAAAGAGGUAUGGUAAACCCAACAUCAAUACUAUUAUCUCUUAGAGUCACCCAAGAUGAGGUUGCUUGACUUGCAAUUGACUUAACUGUUUGCCUUGAAUUCAAAACCCUACAUUUGUCCAUAAUAUGAAUAUAAAUCAUAAUAUAAAUUUGGCACAUUUAGUUAUUAUGAAGAAGGAAAAGGAUCAUUACUGGCAUUGAAAAUCCUCUAUCUCUGGAAUAUGGUCAUUCAAAAUUAACUUGGUAGCAUCCCAUGAAGAUGCCAUUCCAUCUUUUCACCUCAGGUGAAAAACGUAUAAUUCAAUGAACAAAAAAAACUAUUACAUUUUUAUAGGUGAAAAGGUCAUGAUCAGACAUAUUUACCAUAUCUUUUAUUUGUGUGGCAUGCUUCGAUAAUGAAUAUAACUGGAUCAUUAAACAAAGUAGCCAAAAACUCUCGACUUUAAGCACCGGUCUCCAUACAAAGUACAUAAGAUACUUUGGCCCCUUCACAAUAGUACUACAGUGUAAGUAUAGCAAAAUUGUAAAACAUUAUGACUAAUUAUUCAUGCAUUACAGAUAAAAUAGAGUUUUGAAAGGAACUCAAUUCCAAGGUUGCCAAAUGAAAAUCGGUAUAUCAAGCAUCCCUUUGUGUCUUUUGCUUUUUGAACUGUUGUUCAACAUCAUAUGCGCCAAUCACAUUUGUGUUCAUUCAAUUUAACUAAUCAAUAAGUGGAGUAGAACUAUUUUCAGGCAUACAAUCAUCUAAUUAAAGAAUACAGCACCAAAAACUAAAUUUGUAGUAUAUUACUGUCAUACAUAAAUUUAAAAUAUAAAACAAAAACAUACCUAUCAAAAAAGGAGGUUCACAAUUCUGCAUCUUCUUAAUAUCCGCGAAGCUUGCAAAUUUAAAUCUAGUUAGAAAGCUAGGAUAACUUUUUUGCUCUUUAUGUUGAAUUUUAGUGAACAUCGUCAACUCAAAGCGGUAUGGGUGGGCAAUGAUCCUAUACUUUCCAUCAUUCUCUUUAACUUCUAGGUGAUUGACCACAUAAAUCAAUCCUUCUUCAAUAGUAUUGAAUUGAUGACUUAGUUGAAUCGGAACAGUGGCUUGAAUUGUCGUACCCUUUUAAAAGCAUCAACAAAACAAAGUAAUCAUAAUCUUUUCAUGUGUUAAUUUUGUCUAUUUGUUCAAAUGUUUUUUACAUUUGAUUAAGUUUUCAGCAUCACUGCCAGAGCAUUUUUUAUAAGGUUAAAAAAACUUUCUCUUCCCUACCAAUGCUAAAUAAGCUUAUAAUAUUUUGAGUAAAACUAGAUUAUCACCAUUGCGUUGCAUGGACAUGAUGUUAUCAAAUAUGGAGUACUAUCUUUUUAAAAUACAAUUGAAUUACUGCAUCAAAAUUGAUCUAACUCACACAUGUAAGUCUUAUAGUUGAAGCCUGGCAUGCUUUCUCGGAGCCUGUCGUAUAUAUCUUUUUGCAUCUGGUACUUCCCGUAAUUCAAGGUGGGCAACAACUGUUCCCACACGAACUCUAGCCCCGCGGGCGUGGUCAACCAACUAUUGCUAUGCUUGCCCAUUACCCCAUGAAGCCCGUUGACAGCUGAAGGAUAGGCUGGAUCCUUAGAACAAGAGGCCUGGAACUCAGAAACAGCACCAGCUUUGGCCCUCUCGAUGGCCACUGAGUGACCUAUCGUGUAGUUCUCGAGCCUUUUCUGCGCCAUGGCCAAAUCACCCUCAAGCUGCACUAACCGGGCCCUAUCAAGGCUAGAUGCAACCCGGAUCUCUUCAAGCUCUUUUCUCAACUUCACCAGUUCAGCAUCCCUGGAGGCAAUAUCAAUUUCGAGAUCAUAAGCCCGGGUUUUGGCAUAGUCCGCCUCCGCAGCCUGCCGUUCGAGCUUCUCCAAGACACGCCCUUGCUUGGUAACUUGGGAACGGGCUUCUUUCAGCUCGAGAGCGACUUUGUCAUGCUCUGCCUCCCAUUCACGGUGUUCUCGCGUGACCAUCGCGAGUUGGCUCUCCAAAGUGGAGCACUCGGUCUUCAAGGAGCACAACUCCGCCUCAAUUUCCCCGAGGGACUUCCGGAGUUGAUCCCUUUCCUUCAUGGCCAGACAGGACACAUCUAUCAUCCGCUGCCACUCUGCCAGACUGAUUUCCGCCUUCCCAAUAGCGGUGGCGGCAUUGUCCUCAGCGGCCUGGGCCUGCUCUUCAGCACGUUGGGCAUGGGCCUCUGCCUCGCUCAACGCUAGGACAGCCUUGUUGGCAGUAUCCUUAAGGGCCUCAAACUGGGAUUGACAUUCUCCCAGCCAGAUCUCAGCAUCCUGAGCCCUCCCCUGGAGCUCAGCGGCAACCAUCCUUGCCCGGAGCUCAGCGGCCUCUGUCCUAAGGGCCAUUUCGUAGCCCAGAACGGCGGCCUGCAAUGUCGGGAAAACAUAACUAUAAGAAACAGAAAGUAAGGCAAAACAAAUGCAUAAAGAGAAGCGGAAAGGAGAGCAAACCUUAAGCGCACUGGAAGUAAGCUCCUCAGCAACGCUUGGGGUGUCCAUCUCCCCCAUGACCCCAGUAUCGUAGGGCAGCCGUAGAUGGGCCAGCAUAUCCAUGGCCCCAGUGUUGUCGGAGACAAAGCCCAGGUCGUCUCGGAAAAAGAACUGGAACCUAUGCCUCUUCCGUCCGCCGACAGAAUCAUGUGGUGGUCCACUCCCCUUGGCCACCGAAUGUUUUUUCCGGCCACCGGUCGGGGUAGCACCGCUGUGCCCUGGGGCAUCUGAGCCUAGGCAGCUUCGGAGCUGUUGAACAGUCUCCUUGUCAUCUUCAUCAUCACCCUCAUCUGUGGCAUCCUCAAUGACCACGUACGGUGGAGAGGCAGUGCUGGGAUUCGCCAUGGCGUGCGCGGGCACUACAGUGUUUUCUCCUUGUGCCGCGGCAUAAGUUGGUCGGGCAUCCCCCCUGCUAGCAACAUGAGCAUCAUCAUCAUUACCUCCAUCCUCUAAGCUCUCGGAAGAGGAGGAGGAGCCACUGGGCGAUCGGUCAGCGUACUUAACACCAGCUGAGGGCUGGGUUUUCUUCCCACCCUCCUGAGCACGGUCAAGGAGGUCAAACAGGAUGUCACUGCCUGCAACGGAAAAACCAGUACAGUAAACAACAACGAAAGCAUACAACACACAGAUCGAAAUACCAAUUCAUAAUCAAAGGAAAACAUACCUGGCGAAGUAACAACAGGUUGAGCAGAGGAAGCCAAAUCAACCUUUACCGGAUCUGCCCUUUUCUUGGCGGGCUCAACUCCAACUUUUGUAGGAUCUGCUGUUCCUGCGGAGCCAGCAAACCCAGAAGGUUGAGCCGAGGAAGCCAAAUCAACCUUUGCGGGAUCUGCCAUUUUCUUAACAGGCUCAACUCCAACUCUUGCAGGAUCUGCCAUCCAUGCAGAAUUGGCAACCCCAGGAGCAGACGCCUCCCCCGAGCGUUUCUUCCUCUCCAACGCAGGCUCCUCAUCCUCUGAGGACUCAUGCCUGGGAGGGGACAUAUGGGCAAAGGCCCUCUCCUCACCCGAGGACUGAGGGCCCAACACAUUAGAAGCAGUGGGACCAUCAAACGAGAUCUGUCCUAUGGCCAGGGACGUGGCGAUAGCUGCAGCGAUGUCAGCUUCCUCCUGGGUGCCAACCUGAUCCUCACCUGGAGGCUCGGCACCAACAGCAGCCCCUUGGUCUUCAUCAGGAACCUCGAUAUAAAAGACGAAGCCCAAGUCCUUCUGCUUCUCCUCGGGCAGGAAAGUUGUGAUGUCCAGGUCACCAUACCCAACAUAGGUGCCCACAUCAUCAGCAAAUUCACCCAGUGCACCAGCAUCGUGCAUAUUGAACGACAGGGAUCCCGGGGCAGUGAAAGGAGAUCCCCCUUUCCUGUCAGUGCAGACAAACACAACUCUGUGCUUCCACCCAUGGUGAGACGACGGGGUAUGGUAGAACCCACUCCUACCGGACCGUUGGGAGAUAAGGGCGUAGCCCCGAUUCUCCAGAGAGCUGUUAAGCCCAAUUUGAAACAAGUGCCUAAAGAGGCCAACGGUAGCCUCCAAACCCAGAUCUUUGCAGCGCAAGAGGAAGGCAGCCAUCAGGUAGAACCCAUUGGGGGUUACCUGACAAGGGAGUAGCCCAACCCAGUUGAGAUACUCCACGAAGAACGGGUGCAGCGGAAAGCGAAACUCGUGAUCCAUCGCGUCCAGAUGAACCGCGAAGAAGCCAGAAGUGCAGGAGGCCGCCAAGCUCCCCACCUCAGGCCUCAUGAUAUCAACAGUGGGACCGGCCAUGCGCCUGGCUUCGGCCCACUCGGCGUCAGUAAGUGCACACACAUCCACGAGAGGGCCGUUCUCCGUAAGGGUGCCCACCGCAUUGCCAGACUUCUUCUUGCUACUUCUCCGCUUCCUAAUAAAGCGGAUGGGAGGCACAUCAAACACUACGGGAACUCCUUCAACAUCCCGUGGAGGGCCAACAUUAUCUCCAGCGUUAGCAGAAGCGCCUUGAGAAGACAUUUUUGAAAUCUGCAGGAAAAUACACGUACAUGCAGAAAAUCAAAAUCGGGAUUGAGGACCAAUAAUCCGACCUCCAAACAAAAAUUAUACACUCGAAUCGGCAUCAGCAUGCGAUUCCGAGUCCCGAGGUACCAACCUCGUCAAGAAUGGGGGACUGUAAACCCCCCAUUGUUCACAGAGCCAGAUUUGACGGAAAAAUCCUUAUUCUGGGUUUUUCCGGCCAAACUACGACAAGGGAAGAACGAACAAACAGAGCCGGAGACUAACCUGGUUAGGGGAGUCGACGGAGAAAGCUGGAACUUCGGAAGCACUGACCAGAGAAGACGAACUCUUGAAAUGCUUGAAAACUCUGAAAACUCGAAUACAAAAGAAAGCGCAAUGGAGAAAGACGAAAGCCUUCGCCUUUUAUACUUCCCUUCAAAAAUGAACGAGAAGCUUACACGUGGCGCACAAUCACCCAACAGCCCAAAAAACUCAAAGGUGUUUUCAAAAAGGCGUGCAAAAAGGCGCAAUGAUGGUGCCGUACAAUCACUUCAAACGCCAUCCCUCGCAUUAAAUGCUGAGAAGCGGCUAUUAAUUCAUAAUGUUGCAAAAGGAAUGUUUAAAGAUUCCUAUUUGUACACAUCAGCGUUACUAUACGCCACAAAUUCUCCUAAGUCCACCAAGCGAUAAAUGCAACUGCCUCAUCCCCCUCGAACUCAUACUCUUCUGCACUUAGAAAAUAUUCUAAGUCCACAAGAGUGGGGGACUGGUAAGUGGGGGACUCGGGAAAGAAACCAAAACACAAAACAAGACUACAACAAGCUCAGAACAACGCAGCCACCUCGGGAUCAACAUCAAACAGGUAUAUCUUCGAAAAACAAGCUACCCACACAUACAUUAAAAUUCCUUACAAAUUUUCAAAAAUUUUUAUCAACCCGCGGUCGAGGCCGCGGAUGUAGCAACUAACCCAUGAGGCAGGUUUGGAAUGCGGAACACGCGGAGCUCGAGCUCGGACUUCUCUGCAGCGGGGUGUCGCUUUCCUCUCCGGACUUCAUGGCAAAGCGGACAGCAGGUUCAACCCUCAAACUUCUUCUGGGCGGACACCAAGACGAAAACCGGCGACAAAGCACAAUUGGAAGCAACAGGAAUAGCGGCCAGUUACACCCCAAGGCUUCCAGAUUUCUGUUUUCAAUCGCAAGCCUUAUUCUUUCUCUGUUCCCAAUAGUGAAUUUUCAAUUCGUCUAAUUCGAAUUGGGAGCUCGGAUGAUGGUCAUGGCUGUAAAUUGAUCCCACUGAUAUGUAUCUAUGCAAUUAUCCCUGCAAAAAAACGAGGGGACAAGGGAGUAAAGAAAUCAACGUGAAAGAAAUAUACCUGGUCCUUGAUGCUUUGGUAUAGGUGUGAUACUCAUUAUACAUUUGCAUAUGCUCAUUUGUAUAUGUCUGAUAUUAAAAAUUCACUAAUGCUCAUUUAAUAGAAAUCAUGAUUUUCAUUAAUCUCAA